UUUAGGCCUACUACGUUAGGUGCGAACAAGAGUUUCAAAGUAACGUUAGGCCUACUGCAUCCUGUACGUCAUGCAUGUCAUGUAAGCCUAGCCCAGGUUGCGGUUCGCAGGGUUGGACGUAUACGUUGACAAUUAAUUGUCUUCAUUUACACUACGAGUGCGACUGACAUGUCAUGCAUGGGAGUAACUACAGAAUGCAGGGCCACGCUCGAAUGUACCCCCUAGAAUCACUGGCUAUGAUGUCACAUUGGAUCGGAGUCCGGGAAACACAAUGGAGGAAUGCUCCAAAGGUCCUGGCAUUACCCAUUAGACAGUGGUCCACCCAGGAGACGAUUUCUCAUGGUGACAGUCUAGACACAGCUGGGAAACAGGAGGAGCUGUCGGACGCUGACAUAGCUGCAGGCAUUGCUUACCUUCAAAGUGAAGAGUACAUUGAGCGAUACGGUGAGCGGCCAGUGUUUGCUAAUUACAGAAGAAACCACAAGGGACGUGUCCCACCCAAGAGGACAAGACUGAUGUGUGUGAGAGGUAAGGGUGAGAAGCGAAGAGUAGCAGGCAAUCCUUGCCCAGUUUGUCGGGAUGAGAACCUUCUUCUUCACUACCAGAACGUGAAACUCCUUCAGCAGUUUAUCUGCCCCCACUCUGGCCUGAUCUACUCCGAUGCACGCACCGGGGUUUGUCAGAAGCAGUACAAGAAACUCAGGAAAACCAUCGCGGAGGCCAGGGCCCACGGGCUGAUCCCAUACACAGUGCCGUUCGUGGAAUACGACUACCAGGAAUUCUAUGGGAAGAAACAGGCUGACGUAGGGAGUCCAUCGUGAUGUCCACUGGCCACCUGCUAUUCAUAAUCUUAACUGACAAAAUUUAGCUUCAGAACCGCCUAUAGGCUAUUUGUGACCCGACUUGAUCCUGCAAAAUGAGUCUUCAAGGCCACUUUUUGGUGAUUCUGUUUCACUUUCCAAGACAGAGCAACUUAAGUUUUUUGUUUCAAAGGAUCACCCAUUUUUCGGCAUCCUGAUGACUAUGGACAAUGUGACUGAAAAAUUUGGAGGGCUCCCACUGAUUUACAGUGCAGGAUUCUGUUCAAGGGCUUCCACUCAAACGUUGGCUCCAGCGACUUGUGACUCUAUUUGUUGGGUUGGAUCGCAUAUGCCUUCUGGCAUACUCAUUGUCGGUACUUCAUGAGCCCAUAUCUCUGAAUCUGGAGACCUAAAAACCAGACAAAACCACGCAUUGAGAUGAAGCAAGGAUUUGAAGAAAGGCAUAUGGCUAUAUAAGAUGUAAGCCCGAUGUCGUGACACGAUCAACUGGCUGUAGCUGGGAUAAACACACAUCUAAGGGAAGUUAGCUCCAGCCACUAGCCUUCAUACAUUGUAGGGGCUUAUGUAUUGAAUCUGCAGCCGUAACAUGUAGCCCCACUGUGGAGUCCAUUGAAAGAAAUUUAGUUAGGAGCAAAGUCAUAAGUCGUUAAAAUGUUCGGUUCGUAAGGGACUUCGUCACAAUGGCAGACGAGCCAAGAUUUGCAGGCUCCCAUUGGACGAUCGCUGAAGUUGCGCGUUAACUUCCAGUUCCAUGGUUCCAUGUAAACGGUGAUC